AUGCUCCAGGAAGAAUCAUCAAAGCAGACUCACGCACAGAGCUCUAAGCAACCACAAGCACAGAGCUCCACCACGACGACGGCAGCUAUGGGCACUUUGGACCCUACAGGCGAAAAUGCAAAGCGUAUCCGUGAAGAGCUUCAAGCAGAGGAACUAGACGGCAUCAUUCGUCCCAACGUCCAGCCCCGCUUUGGUUUGGCCACUGCCGGACGCAUCCACGGUCCAAACCAAGACAACCCUUCGUAA